AUGGCAAAUCCAAGCGAGAAGCCUGAGCUGGAAGACCCUCUCAGCUCAUUACGUUCUCCUGUCUGGGAACACUUUGGCUUCCCUGUUAAAGUUACCGAUGGACAACGGCAAGUGGAUAAAUCCAAAGUUGUUUGUCGACAUUGUUCCACCACGGAGAUCGGGUACGCUGCAGGAAACACGUCUAAUAUGUUAACACACUUAAAACGGCACCAUCCAUCUGUGAAUGUUUCCUAUACAAGAAAGAAAACCAGCUUGGUGCAAACAGUAACACCGAUAACUUUAGCUUUUAAACAACAUCUAGCGAGCAACUCUGACCGGGCCAAAGCAAUAACACAUGGUAUUGGAGUCUUCAUAGCUACGGGAUUACGUCCAUAUUCAGUUGUUGAGAACGCUGGCUUUAAGUAUAUGAUUAAAGUUCUUGAGCCUCGCUACGAAAUACCAUCACAUCCUCACUUUAGUCAGAAAGUUGUACCAGCACUUUAUGAAAAAACUAGAAGUGAUGUCGUCAGCGAGCUAUCGCGGGUGCCCUCUCUUUCACUUACGACAGAUAGUUGGACUUCACGCGCAACAGAGAGCUAUUUAACAGUCCACUUCAUUUCGCCACAAUGGGAGAUGAGGAAUCACGUUCUGCAAACGAGACAUGUUUAUGAACAGCACACUAGCACAAAUCUUGCAGAGCACCUGAAGGAGGCUGUGAAUGAAUGGAAGCUGGAGAGACCUGGGACCACAAUUCCUGUAACCACAGACAAUGCUAAAAACAUUGUCAGUGCUGUAAAAGAAGCAGGACUGGGCCCUCAGAUUGGUUGUUUUGCACACACCAUUAAUCUAGCCUCUCAAAAAGUAACAAGCAUCAACCAGAUAUCUAGAUUACUGGGAAAAGUAAGAAAGAUUGUGACAUGUUUUCACAAAAGCACCACAGCAGCGCACAUCCUGGAAAGCAAACAAGAAAUGCUGAAUAUUCCAAAGCAUUCUCUCAUUCAAGAUGUCCCCACACGAUGGAAUUCAAGUUAUGACAUGCUUCAGAGAUACCCUGAACAGCAGGCAGCUAUAUAUUCAGCACUAACUGAGAAACCUCUCAAGAACAAAGAUAUAUACACACUCAAUGACGAAGAAGUGGCAACGGCAGAGGAAGUGAUUGAAGCACUUAAACCUCUAAAAACAAUCACAACCCUGAUGAGCACUGAAUCCAGAGCGUCUGUGUCCAUGAUAAUCCCCUUGAAAACUACUGUUCUCCACUCUAUGGCACCAAAACAAGAAGACACCCUGGACCCCCGAUUCAAAGCCUUGCCUCACAUAGAAGAUGAUGAGAGACAGAAGAUAUUCAGCGACAUCAUAACAGAAAUGAUGACAACCACAGAAGAAGAGACUGAGGAUGCCACAGAGAUAGGAGCUGGAUCCUCAUCAUCUCCAGAGGCAUCAUCCACCAGAUCACCUCCAGCUAAGAAGUCUGUAAUGACUGAACUUUUUGGUGAACUUUUCCAGAGACAGGGGGGAAGUAGUAAACCAACCCUUUUGGAGCAGGUCCAAGAAGAGGUCAGUAAGUACAGAGCUUCAGGGUGCCUUUCCCUUGAAGCUGAUCCUCUUCUUUGGUGGAAAGGCCAUGAGGCUACAUACCCACACAUAGCAAAGCUCGCAAAGCGUUACCUCUGUAUUCCAGCUACCUCUGUUGCUAGUGAACGGGUCUUCUCCACUGCUGGAGAUAUUGUCACUGCAACCAGAUCUGUGCUUUCUGCAGAAAAUGUGGAUAAAUUAAUCUUUCUAGCCAAAAACUUUAAGCUUGAAUAGUUUUAUUUGUCAUAUUCAGGCUGUUGCGGCUACAUGUUCAAAGUUUACAUUUGUUACUUGUUUAUUUAAAUUGUUACAAU